CUGGUCAUCAGGUGGGGCUUCCUGAGCCUUCAGGACAGCCAUCAGCCCCAGCAGCAGGACGGUGAGGAGCCGGCUCUUCAUCUCCAGUCACUGGGCUCUCACACAAGGCAGCUCACCCUGGAAGUGUGUGCUCUGGUUCCUCACAGGACACACACAGAUGGGAAGAGAUUCAUGAAAGUGUUCCCUAUGACUGUGACAGCCCUGGAAGGAGGGGACUUAGAGGUCCAGAUGACAUUCCGGGGGAAGGGUCAUUGUCAUUUGAGACGAAUUACAAUGCACAAAACUGAUGAGCCUGGCAAGUACACUACCUUCAAAGGCAAGAAGACCUUCUAUAUUAAGGAGAUUCCUGUAAAGGACCACUACAUCUUCUACAUUAAAGGCCAGCGCCAUGGGAAAUCAUAUCUGAAGGGGAAACUCGUGGGGAGAGACUCUAAGGACAACCCAGAGGCCAUGGAGGAAUUCAAGAAAUUUGUAAAGAGCAAGGGAUUCAGAGAAGAAAACAUUACUGUCCCUGAGCUGUUGGAUAAGUGUGUGCCUGGCAGUGACUAGGCUGCCCAUCAGGGAUAGAGUUGCUGAUCCUGCCCUAAUGCUGACUCAGUUCUGAUACAUCCUGGGAGCUCCCGAACUCCAGACGACUUUCCUCACCUUCAUGGAUGGACUUCCCUUCCACCUCGGCUUCACCCACCCCAGCACAGCUUCUCCUAAUAAAGCACUUCAACAUC